CCAGGGUGGAAGACAUCAUCAGGCGGACCGACCGGGAGGUUGCAGGAGCCGGCCGCGUCAUGCGCUGAUGGGCGGCGCGCCGACAGGAGGACGGAGGGUGUUUUCCAGCUUUAAAAGCGCACGAGCCGGCCCCUCUGACAAACCGCUGUGCGUCAUCGACCUGGGGAGACUCGCGACGACCUUAGCCGGGCUGAAGAGAGGCGAACUCACCUCCGCCACGGGAGCACAGCCCACCUGCGCCGGUCUCCGGAGCCGCUAGAGUCACGUUGGCUCCUUCGCUGCGCGUAAUCGCUCCAAGUAGCUUUAAGUUCGCUGCGAAAUUAUGCGUUCACCAUAAGGUUUAGGGGCUUUAUCAACUCUUGCAGUUCUGUCAUCAGUCAAGCUGUUGCUCGCAGUCUCUCGGCCGGAGAAAGCGCGACGCUUGUUGAAUGCAGGAUACUCUCUGCCUGAGCGUCAAUUCCAAGUUCAGCUUUGGAGCCACAGCCGGUGAGGAGCGGGGACUCCAGGCGCUCACCUCUCUGUCCGCCGACAUGACGUCUGCAGAGGAAGAUGCAUACAGCUACACACCAAACGUGAGCCUGUCUUUACCCUUGGGCAUGGGCAACCCCUGUCUGGCCACCCAGUAUCACACCUUACAGUCCAGUCCGAUCAUUUCCGUGUCCUCCUGCCACCAGACAGGCUACGCCCUCCAAAACGACAACCACGCAGUGUCGGGCAAUUACUUUCCCCACAACCUGAGAGCCAGCGGGGCCCCAGCCCUCGAAAGCCCUCGCAUCGAGAUCACCGCCUACAGCCAGUGUCACGAGACCGAAGUAGAAGAAAGCAGCAGCGAGGACCACGUCGUCAAACGAGGCUUUAAUUCCAUCGUGACGCUGACGCUGCCCAACGCGGAUGGCUACCGCGACCCCAGCUGCCUUAGCCCGGCCAGCAGCGUUUCCUCACGCAGCUGCAACUCGGACGCGUCUUCCUACGAGUCCGGUUUCUACAACUACGACCACUCGCCACAGAAUUCCCCCUGGCAAUCUCCAUGUGUUUCUCCCAGAGUGUCAUCUUCGCUCCUUUCCUUCCCACACACGGGCGGCCCCGCCGGGUCCCCUCACCAUUCGCCCUCCACUUCCCCUCAGAUAGGAGCAAUGGCCGAGGAAUGCUGGCCAGGUCAACACCGCGGCUCCCGGCCCAACUCCCCCUCCUGCAGCGGAGGCGGCGGAGGCAACGGUGGUGGCGCCGGUGGAAUGGGGAAGAGAAAGUACAGCUUCAACGGCACUCCCUACAAUCAGACCCCCUGCUCUCCCAACCAGUCUCCGGUCCCUUCUCCACAUGGAUCACCCAGAGUCAGCGUCACAGACGAGAACUGGCUGGCCAACACCAACCAGUACACCAACUCUGCCAUCGUAGCCGCCAUCAAUGCUCUAACCACAGAUGGAGUGGUCGACAUGGGGGAGGGAAUCCCGCUCAAGACCCGAAAGACCAUGCUGGACCACUCACCCUCCGUGAGCCUGAAGGUGGAGCCCGGCGCCGAUGAGCUCAGUCCCGACAGGGAGCUUUGCCACGAGGACUACCCCGCCCGAAUGGCCCUCAAGAAGGAGAGCUACUGUGCAGGGUUCCUGGAUGUGCCCCAACAUCUGUACCCUUGGUCUAAGCCCAAGCCUUACCUCAGUCUCUCUCUGCCAGCUCUCGACUGGCAGCUUCCGUCCUGCUCCGGCCCGUACAACCUGCAGAUUGAGGUACAGCCGAAGUCCCACCACAGGGCUCACUAUGAAACUGAAGGUAGCAGAGGGGCCGUGAAGGCACCGUCUGGAGGCCACCCGGUAGUACAGCUUUAUGGCUACAUGGAAAGCGAGCCGCUCACCCUGCAGCUGUUCAUAGGCACCGCAGACGACCGCCUCCUGCGACCACAUGCCUUCUACCAGGUUCACCGCAUCACCGGCAAAACCGUCUCGACCGCCAGCCAUGAAGUCAUGCAAUCCAACACCAAGAUUCUGGAGAUCCCUCUGCUGCCUGAAAACAACAUGAGGGCCAUAAUUGAUUGCGCAGGGAUUUUGAAGCUGCGCAAUUCCGACAUUGAGCUCCGCAAAGGUGAAACAGACAUCGGACGCAAAAACACACGCGUGAGGCUGGUUUUCCGGGUGCACAUCAACCAGCCCAAUGGCAGAACGGUGUCCUUACAGGCCGCCUCCAACCCCAUCGAAUGCUCCCAGCGCUCCGCACAGGAGCUUCCUUUGGUGGAGAAGCAGAGUUUGGACAGCUACCCCGCCACGGGAGGGAAGAUGAUGCUCCUGAGCGGUCUCAACUUCCUCCCCGACUCGAAGGUGGUGUUUGUGGAGAAGGCCCAGGACGGUCAUCAUCUGUGGGAGACUGAAGCCAAAGUCGACAAGGACUCCAUCAAAUCCAGCACUGUUGUUGUGGAGAUCCCACCGUACAGGAACCAGAGAAUAUCCAGCCCAGUGCAUGUGAACUUCUACGUCUGCAACGGGAAGAGGAAGAGGAGCCAGUACCAGCGCUUCACCUAUUUGCCCCCAAACGUGCCGAUGAUAAAGACAGAACCCAGUGAUGAGUAUGAUUCACUGGGGACUGCAGGGAUGCCCAUGCGUUCAAAACCCUACUACGGCCAGCCCAGGCUCACUCCCAUCAUGCCUGUAGCCGACCCCGAUGCCUGCCUGGUCGGUGGGUAUCCGCCUCACCAAGCCCCAAUGCCGUCGUCAUCCCCCAGCUCCAGCCCAACGCUGCAUGACCUUUCCCCUGUGGCGUACAGCAAGUGCCUGCCCAACAGCCCGAGCCACGCGGUACCACCGGGCCCCAUGGUUCCCCAAAUCCAGGAGGCCCCCGGCCAUCCCGGUCUCGUGCAUCCUGCCUCACCAGACCACAGCACCGCCCUAGGGAUGCUCCCUUCUCAGGGCAGCCCCAGUCACCUCAACAGCCCCGGACCGCAAGGCUACCACCAAGUCUAUUCAAGCAGUCCCUCGUCUUCCCCAGUGUCCCAUCCUUCGACUCCGGGUGGGACGGCAGAGAGCCCAUUCGUUCAGGCCUACAGCCCCGGUCAUGCAGCAGCCAGCUCAUCCCAGACUGGAGGGAACUCGCCCAGCCUCCUCCCUGAAGAUGCCAGCCCCCCUUCAGCUGCUGUCACCGUCAAACAGGAGCCCCAGGAAUUGGACCAGAUGUACCUUGAUGAUGUAAACGAGAUCAUCAGGAACGACCUGUCCAGCAUCUCCGUGCACACUCACGCGUAGACCUCCUCACGCGUGGCUUCAAACAGCGCCACCGCCCAAAAACACACGGACCCACACAGCGAAGAACGGCCCGACAGAGAGCCGGGGCUCCCCUACGGACUCACACCGACAACCACUGGCAAGCUGCGUUUGAAUAAGCCGACGAAUGUGAUCUUUACAAGGAAAAGGGAGGGGGUGCGUGCGUCUACACUUGCCUUAAUGCUCUUUAACGGACCCAGCAGCCCGACGAGGCCGAGUUACGAGUGCGACCCGUAUGAUAAUGCAUGCACAAGCUAAUGGGACGGCCCCGUCAGAACCCCAUCCAUCGGUGCCUUACAGCAGUGGCCGUCACACAGAUGCAAACGGUUCUCUUUCGACCUAAAGUGGAAGUUUUUUAUAUGAGAUUUUUGUAUCCUUUGAAUCAUUUGUUUACAGGGAAACCGAGUAAAAGGCUGGAAAUGUGUAGGGAGUAUGUGAAUAGACUAGAAUUGUGUUUCGUCUUGUUCCCUUAUUAUUUUCGUUGUUAUCAUUCUCAUCUCAUUGUUCAUUUAUACUGAAUGUUAAUGUAUGAUAUUAUUUUGUAUAAACAUGUAUUUGACUAUAUGUAGGCCUUACACGUAUAUCACGCUCUGUCUCUGUUCUGCCACCGCGCUUUUCACCUUAGUGCCUGUUUUGUAGUCGUCUCAGCCCAGGUCUUCCAGUCCUCCACCCAGAUCACGGCAUAAUGAUGCAUAGACAAUCAGAGAGGAACGUCAUACAGUACAUAUCCUACGACAAGGGACAAGGCUUAUGAGGGUCUUCUCCCCCAGCUAUCCGUCACAGUGGGUGACGCCUCCCUGUGUUCUGACCAGAACGCUCCCGGACAAUAUGCAUCCGUCGGCCACAUCUCGCACUGCAGGUCGGCAUGUAAAUAGGCGCCUCUGGACGAUUCAGGACUGUUAACUGGCAAUAAUUGAUUGACGUAAAACCAAAGCAUUUUAUCUUUGGUGAUAUUAUUGUCCGGGUUUCUUACAGUGUAGUGUCUGCGCGAGAGCAGUGUAGAGCAGAUCCCCAUAGAGCAGCCUAACACAUCUAAACAUGAUGCACUUUACCAUAGAACGCAGCGGGUUUCUCUUGCUUCCAGACCAAAUAUUGCUGACUGGUGAUUCCCGCUGUCCCACAUCGACUCCUCCUUCACGCAGCUGCACUCUUUCCCGCGUUGUCUGUCCCUUCCGGAGCAUGCACACUGUACUAAUGUUGGGGAUCCUUUAGCCGACGGUAGCUUCCAGUAUAGCUGUCUAAUACAUUGGUGGACACGUCGUAUAAUAGCAUGAUUAAAACUUAUGAAUAACGUUUCUCUUUUGUGCCUUACUCUUUUUUCCUCAGCUGCAAGAUCGUUGCGACUUUAUGAUGCUUUUAUGUGAAGGCACAAGGUGAAACAUAUUUCUCUUUAAUAUGAAAUAUUUAUGAAAAAUGAAUUGUGUUUUAAGUGCAUUUAAUGUGUUCUCAGCAAUUAAUAAAUAAAUGUCAUAAUGGUGACCACA